AUGGGGAGCAACAUUGGCGAAAACCAAGAUGACGUUCCUCAGGAACUACAACUCAAGGGAAAGAAGGCUUCUAGCCAGACGUUAAAACGACAUGACUCCUUGGAUGUCGAAGCCAGCAAGAUGCCCGAUGCCAAAAAGAUAGUGGGAUUGUCCGUGCUAUUGAAACUUGCAUUCCAGAGCAUAGGAGUGGUGUAUGGAGAUAUUGGAACGUCACCAUUGUACGUGUUUUCGUCCAUCUUUCUCCAAGGAAUAAAACACGAAGAUGAUAUACUUGGCGCUCUCUCUCUCAUCAUAUACACAAUCACCUUGAUCCCUGUUGUCAAGUAUGUCUUCAUCGUUCUCCAAGCUAACGACAACGGAGAUGGUGGUACGUUCGCUUUGUAUUCAUUGAUAUGCCGAUUUUCCAAGGUGGGAUUAAUUCCGAGUACUAUGGCAGAAGACAACGAUGUGUCGACUUAUAAACUUGAUAUGCCUGAUAGACGUACACGUCGGGCAUCAAGUCUUAAAUCAGCGCUAGAAAACAGCGAAUUCGCAAAGUUCUUUCUGCUAAUUGCAACAAUGCUUGGUACUUCCAUGGUUAUUGGUGAUGGUGUCCUCACGCCCUGUAUUUCAGUUUUGUCUGCUAUUGGAGGAGUCAAAGCAGCUGCUCCAGAAGUCAUGACUGAAUCCAGGAUUGUUUGGCUUGCAGUAGCCAUCUUGAUAUUUCUUUUCAUGUUUCAAAGAUUUGGAACUGAAAAAGUUGGUUACACAUUUGCACCUAUACUUUGUUUAUGGUUUGUAUUGAUUGCUGGUAUUGGAGUUUACAACUUCGCGCUCUAUGAUCUCACUAUUAUCCGAGCUCUUAAUCCUAUGUACAUCGUAUCCUAUUUUGAAAGGAAUGGAAAAGAGGCUUGGAUUUCCCUUGGUGGAGUUGUUAUGUGCAUAACAGGAGCUGAGGCACUAUUUGCAGAUGUUGGCCAUUUUAGCGUCCGAUCUAUUCAGAUAAGUAUGUGCUUUGUCACAUACCCGGCGCUCAUAUUAGCAUAUCUCGGUCAAGCUGCCUAUUUAAUGAAAAACGCUGAUGAUGUUGCUAAUACUUUCUACGCGUCCAUACCAAAGAGUAUAUAUUGGCCAAUGUUUGUCAUAGCAGUAUUAGCAGCCAUCAUAGCAAGUCAAGCCUUGAUUUCUGGGACAUUCGCUAUAAUCCAGCAAUCCCUGGCUUUAGGAUGCUUUCCUCGUGUUAAAAUCGUGCAUACAUCAACCAAGCAUCACGGACAAAUCUACAUUCCUGAAAUCAAUAACCUUCUCAUGAUCGCUUGUGUUCUUGUCACUAUUGGAUUCAAGACUACUGAAAAGCUUGGCAAUGCUUACGGAAUAGCGGUGGUGUUUGUGAUGUUCCUAACGUCGUGCUUCCUCGUACUAGUCAUGAUCUUGAUAUGGAAAACUCACAUUCUUCUUAUAAUCGCCUAUGUUCUAAUCAUUGGUUCGGUUGAGCUUGCAUACCUAAGCUCAGUCCUUUACAAGUUUGAACAAGGUGGUUACCUUCCCCUAGCUUUCGCUCUGUUCCUAAUGUUUGUCAUGUACGUAUGGAACUAUGUGUACAGGAAGAAAUAUCACAACGAGCUAGUAAACAUGAUCUCCCCCGAAAAAGUUAAAGAAACAAUGGAGGAGACAAGUUCACAUCGCCUUCCAGGGCUUGCCAUUUUCUACUCUGAACUAGUACACGGAAUCCCAUCAAUCUUCAAGCAUUAUGUUGAGAAUGUGCCUGCUUUACACUCUGUCCUCGUGUUCACUUCUGUCAAAUCACUUCCCAUAAGCAAAGUGCCACUAGAAGAAAGGUUCCUCUUCCGAAGGGUGAAACCAUAUGACCUCUACGUGUUCCGUUGUGUGGUACGUUAUGGAUACAAUGAUAUGCGCAAUGAGGAAGAGCCCAUUGAGAAUUUAUUGGUAGAGAGGCUAAAACACUUUAUCAGGGAAGAUUACAAGUUCUCAAUCGCAGCAAACGGAGACAAUCAAGGAGAGACUGCUUCCUUAAUUGAGAAGGACGUCGAUAUGCUUGAGAGAGCUUUUAAUAUGGGGGUGGUUCAUUUGGUAGGAGAACAAGACGUUGUCGCUAGCAAAGGGUCUAGUGUAACAAAAAGAAUGGUGAUCAAUUAUGCAUACAAUUUCCUCAAGAGGAACUUAAGGCAGAGUAACAAAGUAUUCGAUAUCCCAACGAAGCGCAUGUUGAAAGUUGGAAUGACAUGUGAGCUUUAG